AGGAAUAAUCUGAGGGAAGAUGAUUUCAUCGCUGGUGUGCAGUUCUGGCAAUUGGCUCUUGAGGCGUUUUUCGGUGACUGCUGUCAUAAUUCUGGUGAUUUCGGACCCAUUCCUCGCAUCGACUGCGUCUCGGCGUUCGAAAGUCGCCCCUGCUUUCAACACGGACGAAAUCUUGAGGAAAUCAAUUCCUGGCGAAAAUUGGCAAAAGUCUAUCCCAAUCGUUUUGCUUCCUGGAGGAUCCAGAGAUGGCAGCAAAGUUGCGUAUGAAUUUCUGGACCACAGCAGUGUUACCGACGGGCAGCCGGAAUCACAGGCUUACCGAAUCAACGGGGAUUUGUCAGGU